AUGGAGGAGAAAGGCAGUUCACACGGGGAGUAUUUUGUGCAGAGGGAGGUUCUGGAUGAGCUGCGUCUGGAUGAAGUGGCGCAAAAACGGACGUGGACCGAUUCACUGAACCUGGGGGAACGGGUAAAAGAGUCCCUGAGAUGUUCGGUGCCCAGGUUGAAGCAGACAGUGGUGAGCUGGGUGCCUGUUCUGGGCUGGCUGCCUAAAUACUCCAUCAGAGAAAAUGCAAUUGGAGACUUGAUCGCUGGCUGCAGUGUUGGCAUCAUGCAUCUGCCGCAGGGUAUGGCGUAUGCUCUUCUGGCUUCCCUACCCCCUGUGAUUGGCCUGUAUACUUCUCUAUUCCCGGUGCUGGUCUACUUCAUCUUUGGCACCUCCAGACACCUCUCCAUAGGUACGUUUGCGGUGAUGAGCAUCGUGAUCGGGGGUGUGACAGAAAGGCUGGCACCCGACAGUGACUUUAUCGUAAACGGCACCAACGGUUCACAGUUUCACAAUUUUGAAGCUCGGGAUGCCUUGAGGGUAAAGGUAGCGUGUUCCCUCACAGUCUUGACAGGGAUCUUUCAGAUCCUGUUUUUUGUGGUGAGGUUUGGCUUCGUGGUCACGUACCUGUCCGAGCCGCUGAUCCGUGGCUACACUACAGGGUCAGCGUGUCAUGUGUGUGUCUCACAGCUCAAGUACCUGUUUGGAGUCACACCAUCACGAUUCACAGGUCCCCUCUCCCUUAUCUAUACUGUGGUGGAUAUUUGCCGAAUGCUGCCUGAGACCCAGGUGCCGGAGCUGGUGGUCAGCCUGGUGUCGCUCACUGUUCUCAUUGUGGCCAAAGAAAUCAAUGACUGUUACAAACAGAAGCUGCCGAUGCCCAUCCCUGUGGAACUGAUAGUUAUCAUAGCAGCAACAAUCAUCACCCACUUCUGCAGACUUGAGACUAAAUACAAGCUUGAUGUUGUUGGGCCGAUUCCCAGUGGGCUCCAGGCCCCUCAAGUUCCAGAUACCUCUUUUUUCUCCGAGAUGAUAGGCGAUGCCUUCACCGUGGCCAUCGUGGGCUACGCCAUCAACAUUUCCCUCGGCAAAACGUUUGGCCUUAAACAUGGCUAUAAGGUGGACAGCAACCAGGAGCUGGUUGCUCUGGGUCUCAGUAACACUAUUGGCAGCUUCUUUCAGUGUUACUCUGUGACCUGCUCGCUGUCUCGCAGCCUCAUCCAGGAAAGCACGGGGGGCAAGACACAAGUUGCGGGAGUGGUUUCAUCCAUCAUUGUGCUGAUCACAGUUUUGAAAAUUGGUGCUCUCUUUGAAGAUCUCCCCAAGGCUAUUUUAGCCACAAUAGUGUUUGCGAACUUGAAAGGGAUGUUUAAGCAGUUCAUGGAUGUGCCGAUGCUUUGGAGGACCAACAAGGUGGACCUGCUGGUGUGGCUGGUAACAUUAAUAAGCACCAUCCUGCUCAACCUGGACCUGGGUCUGGCUGUCUCCAUUGGCUUUUCCAUGCUCACUUUCAUCUUCAGAACACAACGACCCCGUUACUCCAUCUUGGGCCACGUGCCAGGCACUGACUUGUAUCUAGACACAGAUGCCUACGGGGGGACUGAAGAGAUUCCAGGAAUAAAAAUCUUCCGCUCAUCUACGACUAUCUGCUACACAAAUGCUGAGAUGUACUUGGAGGCCCUGCAAGCGAAGAGUGGAAUUGAAAUCAGUAAGUUGCUGGGGGCCAAGAAGAAGCGAGACGCGACGCUGAAGCCUAAAAAGGAGAAAGCGAAAGCGAAAACGGAGGAAAAGACACAACAGAAGCAAAAAGCGGUCAGAGACAUGUCCAUUCUCGCCAUCUCUUUGACGGAGUUGACUGAGGACAAAGUCUCUGCAGGACUGAGUCAGGGGAACAGUGCAGACGUAACCUCUACAAAUGGCCUCAGUAAAGGACAAGUAAACUCGGCUUACCAACAUGACUCAGAUUUAGACACGGGUUGCCACGGUGAUGAAAACAUCUACCAGGAGCCGCACCAUGGUGAUGAGGAGAAGGAGGGGACCUGCGGAUCAGAUGUCCACAGCAUCAUCUUGGACAUAUCGUCAACCGGCUUUGUGGACACAGUCACUACAAAUACAUUGAAAAAUAUUUUCAGGGACUUCGGGGAGAUUAAUAUAAACAUUUAUCUCGCGGGAUGCCAAGCCUGUGUUGUGGAGCAGCUGGACACUGCAGGUUUCUUCUCAGAGUCCAUCCCGAAGAGCAGGUUGUUUGUCACAGUCCAUGAUGCCGUGCUGCACAUUCUCAAGAAACUGGGGCUGAGAGACUUUGUACUUGACGUUCCCUGCAGCACCCCGAUGUAACCAACAGGGGUCAGACUGUUCCAACUCUCGCCAUCCUCCCCCUCCUCCGCUGUGGUCCGCUCCUCACUAUUGGUCGUCACUGUCUCCUCCCCCUUCAGUGGGGGAGAAUGCACCACCUUGACAUGGCGGCCGGUUGCCAUGGAAAUCCAGGGAGCCGUUACUGUGGCAACGGGCUUUUUAUGAUAUCGCUUAAUGAGAUCAGCAGCAAUACGUCAUCGUAGCUCUAUCUUUCUCUCUCUCUCUCUCUCCCUCUCUCUCACUGUGUGGUCCCUCCACAGAGGAGGGGCGGGGGAUGAGUGGGAGAAUGUAACAGACGAAUAAGAGUCUGUAUUUAUAGCCGGUGUGAGAGAGUGAGUGAA